UAGGUAGGACAAUGAUUCGUUGAGCAGGAACUCAGUCUCUCCCCAGUUGGCUGGAUUGUACACGUCAGCAGUCAAUAAGUUGUAGCGAAGAUGUAUCAUAGUCCAAUCAUCCUCUUCCUGGUAUGAGCGUGUUGACACAUUACACCUAGUUUUGGUGGCAAAAACAAGCGGCUGGAGCGACUGUCUGGCAAAUGACACGGGUUUCAAGUGGAAAGACUGUCCGGCGAGAGGAAAAGCAGCCAUCAAGAAACGUUUGACACUUGGUUUAAGACACGCGUCACGCGACGUUGAACUGUUGGAGUUGGAGUUUAACCGCACGAGGAAACAGUGUUACAAACAAGUUUACAAUGAAGACGAUAAGGUGAAUGAAUGCCAUUGCUGUUGUAUUCUAAAGUCUGUUUUUACUUUGAGAAAAUGAGGUUUCGGCUGCUCAAAAAGAAUCUGCUCGCGCUGUUGGGUGUUUCCUUUGUAGUUGUGACUCUCCUGUUUUCAACACGUGUGUUAUUAGUUUCCGAUAAUGACACAAGUGGACCUAAUAACGUCAUUCACGGAAAUCAGGGCACGCAUUCUGGUGACAUGGUGAAGUUUAACUUUGGUUCGCUGCAAGAAUUGACUCAGUCCGUUUACAAUGCCAAUUACAAGCAGUGGGUUCACAAUGCGGAUAAGUUUCCAGGGGAGCCUCAACUGGUGCUGGUUGUGCAGGUCCACAACAGGCCUGAAUACCUCAGACUGCUCAUCAAGUCACUGGAGAAAGCUGCUGAGGUCCACAGCUUCCUCCUCAUCUUUAGCCAUGAUUAUUUUUCAGAGGAAAUAAACGCCAUUGUGCAAGGGAUAACUUUCUGCAAAGUAUUGCAAAUUUAUUUCCCUUUCAGCACUCAGUUGUAUCCCAAUGAGUUUCCUGGGCAGGAUACACGAGACUGCCCUCGAGACAUAUCCAAGGACAACGCUCUCAAAACAGGAUGCCUUAAUGCAGAACACCCUGACUCCUAUGGACACUACAGGGAGGCCUUUAUCACUCAAACCAAACACCACUGGUGGUGGAAAUUGCACUUUGUGUGGGAGCGAGUGCAGGCAAUGCAGGGCUAUAGUGGCUUUGUAAUCUUUCUGGAGGAGGACAACUACAUCUUACCUGACUUUUUCCAUUUCUAUAAAUCAAUGAUAGAGUUCAGGAAGAGCAGCUGUCUAGAUUGUGACAUGCUGGCUUUGGGUAACCACAAUGGCCUGACUGAUUUUACCAGACUGUCUAAUAAGGUGUUGACUACUGGGUGGAUGUCCACUAAACACAACAUAGGCAUGGCCAUCUCCAGAGAGGUGUACUACAAACUGAUGGGCUGCAACAACGAAUUCUGCACCUAUGACGACUACAACUGGGACUGGACACUGCAGCAUCUCUCGGGAGCCUGCAUAUCAAAGCCCCUCAAAGUGCUUGUGGCACAGGGCUCCAGGGUUCUCCACACAGGAGACUGUGGCCUUCACCAGAAGGAAAACUGCAGGCCAGAAUGGGCCUCACAGAGGGUUGAGGAGGGCCUUCAAAUGGCCAAGGAUGGCCUCUUUGUGCCAUCUCUUGUCCUUAAUGGUGCAGAAGCAGUGGAGCACAAGGCGCACAUGAAGAAUGGAGGAUGGGGCGAUAUUCGAGACCAUAUUCUAUGCAAUAACUACGCCAAACGUCUUUAAACUAUAACUUUUCUCUAAGUGAUUAUAGGUAAAAUUUUUAUUGGUAUUCUGCAGACGUGCCAUUCAUAGACAACUUUUCAGGGUUUCAGAGGUUGCAGUGGGUUGCGUUUUCACUUCGAGUGUGCUAAUGUUGUCUUCCAGCGACGUCUUCCAAUAUAGAGGACCAAAUCAAGUCCAAGCAUGUUGCAUGUACACAACUUGACUUCAGCUUGUUUUUAAAAUGUAAAAAAAAAAAAUCACCAAAGCUGCACAGUUGCCAAAGACGUUCUUGAUAUUUGUGUUGUGUACAAUGCAUGCUAGCUGUGUCAUGCUAUUACCAGGUUUGUUUAUUUCUGGGUGUCUUACAAGCCAAAACAUUAUUGCACAGUGAUGGGAAAUAGGAGUAAACUAUAUCAGAGUGUGCAUAUACACACAAUAAUUAGCAAUGUUAUUUGCAAAUAUAUUUCCUUGGCUGAGAACACUGCGCAGGAGGUUGUUUAUUCACAAGAAAGUCAACUUGUUAAGUGUAACGGGAAUUAAUGUCUUGCAUUGCUUUUAUGAACCAUUCAAUUGAAAUGUUUUUUACAUGUGCUUUUUUUGGUACGAUAUUUUUUAAGUGCAACAACAAAGGACAUUUAAUGUACAGACUUAAAGGCUUAUCAAAAUGUGUAUGACAAUCUUAAGUUUAAUGGGAAAGUUGUAGUUUACACAGAAAAUGUUUCUUUGAGGUUGACUGUUGACUUUAAUGCCAAAAUGGUUUCAUGCACACAAUGGAAUUUGUGUUACUGAAUGUAACCUUCACUUUCUGUCUGUUAUAACCAGGGGUGUUUUAUUGAGAUGAGGUCAACUGACACCACUUACAUAAUCAGUCUCCUGCUCCUCACUGUAUUGACCCUGGUUGCAACGAGUGCUGCAUUGAUAUUGAUUUUUUUUUUUUUUUUUUUUUCUUUCUUUUGGUUGUGACUGUAUAUUUGCUUUCUGAUAGGCGGAAAGUGACCUUUUGGAGUCUUGUUCAAGAUUUGUCGUUCUGCAAACAUCUGGGUCAUCUGUGAUUCUGUAUUUCUAUAUUUGCACCUUCUUUGUUAGAAUUUAUUUUAGGUAAUAACAUCAAAAUGAGAACAGAAUGAAUUGCAUUAUAAUUUUAUAAAAGGAAAGACAGAUGUUUUCUGGCAUUCAUUCAGUAGUUAGUGAAACAAAUACAAUACCAAUAUCCCACUAUAGCUGAGGUUAUUUUUUUUACAGUGUAAAACAAUGAGAAAAUGAACACAAGCAUAUUGAUGCUAUUAUUGCCUAAAGCCGAAGUGCCUUGUUCUUGUUCCUGUGUGCCUAAAGUUGUUUUUAAAAGAGAUUUUUAAAGGUGCACUGAUAACAUUGUUGUUGACCAAGUACUUAUAUGCAUUUGUCACUGCUGGGGACUUGCAGUUCCCCUGAUAGAUAGUUUUUGGUUGUGUCUUUAUUCAUCAGAUGUUGAAGGAAAAUGGAAUGUGAAUGUUAAUUUCACAAAAAUCUUCAUUGCCCAAUCAGGUACAAUGAUUGCAUCACUUUCUUUCAUGUAACAGGUUAUAGUGGCUCUAGAUAAGUAGUUUAACCUGAUAUUGGUGCACAUCAGUGUGCUUUAUGGAGAUUGCUGGUCAAGAAAUAUGAAAUUAAUGUGAUAAUGAAAUCAGUUACCUUCUGUUUUAUGUUGAAAAGCACAAUCAGUUCUUAAGGAACUAACGUGUCUAUGUAUGUGGGUUGCUUGAUGAUUCCUUAGUUGGUGAGAUGUACAGUUGUUGAGAAUGAGACAACUUUAUUCGUUUUUGUUUUCAAUAAUAAUAAUCAAGUGAAAAUAGCUGUUCAUUGUUCACCUAAUGUUUGCCUAAAGUGAAAAAAUAAAAGGCUGUAUUUUCA